UCAACAUUUCCCGCUAGUAUGCUAACUUCUGUCAUAACGGUAUUAGUGAUCGAAGGCUUUUCUCAUAGAUUUAUGUUAUAAGAACAGAACUUAGAUAAGUUUAAUAUAUAAAUUUCCCUACUUCAUUUUAAAGUUCAAAAUUGAAUGAGGAAAUUUGACAUAUUCUCGUAACCCAUCGUGCAGACGUGUGUAUACUUUUAAUUUUUGAGUCAAUCUAAAGAGAAUUUAAUCCAAUGUUUUACACUAUGACAGUAUAGUGUACAUAACAGUCAUACAACCGUCAUUGACAAUUUUUUUAUGCAGUGUGGUGUUGAAUUUUGAUCAAUUUAAUAAAAAAACAUGUUUAUAUUUUAAUAAAUAUACUUAAAUGGAAAAUCAAAAGAAACUAUGUGAAGAUAAUGUUGCCAAAACUGAAAAAUCGUGGAACUAUGUUGAAUAUUAUAUAGGUGACAAGGACGACGACGGGAGAAGGAAUGGGAAAGGAGAGAACCAUUGGUCGGACGAAAGAAUAGAAAUAAAAUACCCUUUAACACAACUUCAGUCUCUAGAAUGGUACCACGGACGACAUCAUCGUGACACAAUGCAUGGUUUCGGGGAGUAUCGCUGGCGAUACCUUGGUCCCGAAGGUACUCAUUUCACAUACGAGGGAUACUUUUACUGCAAUCGUAUGCACGGAUACGGGACCAUGUCCUACCCUGACGGGAAGACGUUUACCGGAUUGUUUCACAGCAACAUCCGUUGGGGUCCAGGUAUCGAAUCUCAAGCUUGCCUCAAACAAGACGUUGGUGUCUGGCGCGGCACACAGCUGAUCAGGCUAACAUGGCGGCCCAAAACACCCAGCAUCACGCCGGACUUCUGUACGACUCCCGCGGGUCGAGCUUGCGUUGACCCUCAUCGCAUUGUUCUUUCUACAAGAAAUAAAACUAUAGGUAAAACGAAUAGCGCGUUAGAUAUGUUGAAGCAAUAUGGUUCGAACCCAUUGUCUGCGACGGAGAAAUGGAUGAAAUUGUACCCAAAAAACUGUACCGAUUUAUCCAGCCUGUUGUGUAACACGGAAGUUUUUGAACGUGAUUAUUAUAAAGGGAAAAUUAUUUUGCUCGAAGAAAUUAACAUGCCGAAGAUUGUAAAGGAAACGCCUAGCGAGGACGAUACUGAAGUUGAUAGUGGACUUAAAUAUUAUUAUGCUUGGAACAAUAAUAAAACUUUGGUCCACAUGAUGAAACACAGCUUUACUCAUGACGAACAGAGAAAUCACUUUGAAAUAAAUUUGGCUAAUGUAUUAUCUGGAUCAAGAGGACACUUCAAGCAGCCCGGGAAACAUGAGCUUGACUGCAGAACACUCCUAAUGGCAAGCUAUUUAGGGCAUAUUCAAAAUGUUUUACAAUUGAUAAACGAACAAGGAGUUCAUCCUGACGUUGCUGACUCUCAAGGCAACACCGCUGUUAUGUACGCUACUUGUGGCGACAGACAAGACAUAAUACAUUUUCUAGUGGAAGCUGGUGCUAAUGUGGACGAUUAUAACGAUGCCUGUUGUACACCACUCGGUAUAGCAAUGUUGCGUUUGGCUUGUGUUUAUAAUAACAUAUCACCUGGUGAUAUGCUUCAAGCACUAUUACCGUCGUCGACAGUUCCAAUUCAAAGUAAGCAGAUUUUGAUUUUAAAAAAGUAUUGGAAGUAG